AUGGCAAGGAAGAUCCAGAUAUGCGAUGAGGAGGACGAGGCAGUGUUGUCCAGGGGGCAGAGUGGGGAUGUUAAGAUGGUGUUGGCCACACAGAGGUCGGGGACCGUGACUGAUAAGGUGUCCGCGUUCUCGGUUUUGGUUGGGGACAAUCCAAUUGCAAAUAUCAGGUCAAUUGAUGCACUUCUAGGUAUGGUGACAUCAAAAGUUGGCAAGCGCUAUGCCUUUACCGGAUUUGAAGCACUGAAAGAAAUGUUUAUAUCAAGUCUAUUGCCUGAUCGUAAGCUGAGGACACUUUUUCAACAGCCUCUUAAUUACCUUCCUGACUCAAAGGAUGGGAAUUCCCUUCUACUGUUCUGGCAUUGGGAGGAAUGCCUAAAACAGAGGUAUGAGCGGUAUAUAUUUGCGCUUGAAGAAGCAUCUAGAGAUGUACUAGCUACACUGAAGGAUAAAGCAUUGAAGACCAUUUAUGCGUUGCUGAGGAGCAAGUCAGAACAAGAGCGCCGACUGCUCUCUGCUCUUGUAAAUAAGCUAGGGGAUCCUGAAAAUAAGGCCGCCUCUAAUGCUGAUUAUCUCUUGUCAAAGCUUUUGUCAGACCAUCCAAAUAUGAAGGCAGUUGUGGUCGACGAAGUGGACAAUUUUCUUUUCCGGCCUCAUUUGGUGUUGCGUGCCAAAUACCAUGGUGUUAAUUUUUUAAACCAGAUACGUCUAAGUCACGUUGGAGAUGGGCCAAAAGUGGCAAAACGAUUGGUAGAUGUAUAUUUUGCUCUCUUCAAGGUACUUAUUUCCGAGUCUGGUGGCCUUGAUAAGGAGAAAAAGAGCAAAGAAGAAUUGAAAAAAGCUUAUAGUUCAUCCAAAGACAAGGAUGUUAAAAGUGCUGCAGAUUCUCAUGUUGAAAUGGAUUCACGAUUGUUAUCAGCUCUUUUAACAGGAGUCAAUAGGGCUUUUCCUUUUGUCGCAAGCAAUGAAGCUGAUGACAUUGUUGUGGCUCAGACUCCAAUGCUCUUUCAGUUGGUUCACUCAAAGAACUUCAAUGUUGGAGUUCAAGCAUUGAUGCUUCUCGAUAAGAUCUCAUCAAAAAAUCAGAUUGUCAGUGACCGGUUUUAUCGUGCUUUAUACUCCAAGCUCUUACUUCCAUCUGCAAUGAACACUUCCAAGGAAGAAAUGUUCAUUGGCCUUCUUUUACGAGCUAUGAAAAAUGAUCUUAAUUUGAAGAGGGUGUCCGCAUUUGCAAAACGUUUGUUGCAGGUCUCCCUCCAGCAGCCGCCUCAAUAUGCUUGUGCAUGCAUCUUUCUUCUCUCUGAAGUUCUUAAAUCAAGACCACCUCUCUGGAACAUGUUACUUCAGAAUGAGCUGGCUGAUGAAGAAGUUGAACAUUUUGAAGACAUUGUUGAAGAACCAGACAUACAAGCAAGCACAGCAGCAGAUAAACCAUUUAAUUCUGGUGAAGCAGUUCAUUGCAGUGAUGGUAUCGAUAACGAUGAUGACCCCUCAGAGGAUGAAGGCGGGUCUCCAGCUCCCAGUUCUGAUGAUGAGUAUUCAGACAAAGGAGAUGGUGACUUGCUCGGGUUUGGUGGUUUGACCACACUUGGGGAAUCUGAAACGACGAGCGAACCACGAGUACAAAAUGCGAAGUCUUCAUUGCCUAGAGGAUACAACCCUCGGCAUAGAGAACCUAUUUAUCGCAAUGCAGACCGUGUGGGGUGGUGGGAAUUGAUGGUAUUAGCUUCACAUGUACAUCCGUCGGUUUCUACCAUGGCGAAAACCCUUCUAUCGGGGGCCARCAUUGUCUACAAUGGAAACCCAUUAAAUGAUCUUUCGCUUGGUGCUUUCUUGGACAAGUUCAUGGAGAAAAAACCAAAAGGAAGAAAUUGGCAUGGUGGUUCCGAGAUCGAACCUGCGAAACAGGUUGAUAUGAGCAAGCCAUUGAUUGGGGCAGAAAUCCUCCAAUUAGAUGAAAUGGAUGUAGCUCCCGAAGAUGUUGUGUUCCAUAGGUUUUACAUGAACAAGAUGAAUUCCUCAAAGAAGCCAAAGAAGAAAAAGAAGAAGGGGGUGGAGGAAGAGGCGGCAGAGGACUUAAUAGGAGAGGGGGAAGAGGAUGAAAGUGACGACGAGGAGAUUGAAGCCAUAUUGGAUUCUAGCAACCCUGCUUUGGAUACAGAUGGUGAUUAUGAU